CAAAAUAUUCUCCCUUCGACUUUGUCCUUUCUCUGUGUAACGCCAACCGUACAAUACAUUUACCCUUUUCGGCAGAGACCACUUGGCGGCCGUGUGAUAAAGAAGACCUAAAGAUGUUUUCAUCGUUAAUUGAAAGUGCUAAAAACAAUCCAUUCUAUUCACCAAUCUAUGCCCGCUGCGAGGCUGGUCAAGGUGAAAGUCGAUCGGCCGAAUUAAAGAGUAACAUUUUGGUACCUGGCCGAACAAUUUCUGCUGCAUCGGCCGCAGUUGGAGACAGCUGUGAAUAUGGAUCGAUGAAAUAUUAUGCCUUGUGCGGGUUUGGAGGCAUCCUUAGUUGCGGUAUCACCCACACGGCCGUUGUCCCCCUUGAUUUAGUUAAAUGUCGUAUCCAGACCAACCCUGCAAAAUAUAAAAGUAUCGUCAGUGGUUUUUCUGUAACCAUCAAAGAAGAUGGCAUGCGUGGCCUUGGAAAGGGUUGGGCUCCAACUGCCAUUGGUUAUUCUCUUCAGGGCUUGGGAAAGUUUGGAUUUUAUGAAGUAUUUAAAAAGAUAUACAGCGGCAUGCUUGGUGAAGAGCUUUCUUACACUUGGAGAACUUCUUUAUACUUAGCUGCCAGUGCAUCUGCAGAAUUCUUUGCUGAUAUUGCUCUGUGCCCAUUAGAGGCAUGCAAGGUUAGAAUUCAAACACAGCCAGGAUGUUCACCGUACCUAAGAAAAGUAUUCCCUCAAAUUCUUAGAGAAGAAGGGGUUAUGGGAUUCUACAAAGGAAUCUCUCCAUUAUGGAUGAGGCAGAUUCCAUACACCAUGAUGAAGUUUGCUUGCUUUGAGAGAACAGUUGAAGCUAUCUAUAAAUAUGUAGUUCCUAAACCUAGGGAUGAAUGCUCUAAAGCUGAACAGCUUAUUGUUACAUUUGCUGCUGGUUAUAUUGCUGGUGUUUUCUGUGCUAUUGUAUCACAUCCUGCUGAUACUGUGGUAUCUAAGCUCAAUCAAGAGAAGGGUAGCACUGCUAUUGAAGCUGCAAAGAAGUUAGGAAUGAAAGGUUUAUGGAAGGGCUUAACUCCCAGAAUUAUCAUGAUUGGUACUCUAACUGCCCUUCAAUGGUUCAUUUAUGAUGCUGUGAAAGUCUGGCUGCGAUUGCCUCGUCCUCCUCCACCACAGAUGCCUGAAAGUCUUAAACAGAAGCUAGAAGAAAAGCAAAAAUAGAAUGUUCAUUAAUAUUAAUAAAUAAUAAAAAAAGAAAAACUGGGUCUUCAAUUCUAAAUUGAUUCAUUUUAUAUAUAACUGAUCUUUUGCAUAUUUAGUUUCAUAAUAUUUAUAUGUAUAAUAGUAUUUUCAUUUUAUUUAAAAUAUAUCCAAUAGGCUAAAUCCUUGUAAAAACAUUAUUCAAAAUUCAAAAAUAAAUUAUUUGGGUCUUU